UGUGAUUAUCGAACCUUUCCUCUCCAUACACUGCAAAUUCCUUGCCCAUCUAUAGUAUCGCAUUCCCAACAAAAUGUCUUUCAACAAAGCACUGGCUAAAGUCCUGUCUUUGGCUGGCCGGGAGGCAUUAGGAGACAAGAAUCACCAUGCAGGUCUUCUCAGAGCUAUUCGUGAAUUACAGCUCGCUGUGGAAACCCCUCUUGAAACAACAUCUCGGCUUAACUUUCAAAUCAUGCAAAACAUCUCUAUUCGUGUCGCCGUCGAAUACGGAUAUCUCCAUGUCAUCGCCGCCAAGGAUGGUCAGCCCAUCUCCGCGACGGAGCUUUCCCAGGAGACAAAAUCGGAUCUCCUUCUCACGAUUAGAAUCAUGCGCGUGUUGACAGCUAUUGGUUUAUGCGAUGAAGUUGGGUAUCAGCUCUAUGCUGCGAAUGAGAGAACUCGGUUCAAGAUUUUACCGGGAUCAAUCGGGGCUGAGAAACACCACUUUGAUUUAGACUUUGGGAUGGGCGGAAAAUUGGUCGAGUACAUGCGUGGCCCCGGAAUCCAACAGUUUGUAGACGAGCCCGAUGCUGUCACCCUAUUCAAAUACGCACAUGGUACAGACGUGAUAUUCGGACUUCUCGAGAAGAAUGCCGAACAGAAGCAAGCAUUUGAUGACUACAUGGCUGCGCGGCGUGUGGAAGGCAUGCCGCAGUGGUUUGACAUUUACCCUGCAGCAAAGAAAGUCCAGGAUGCCCGGACGGAGUCUGGAGCAACCUUUAUGGUAGACGUUGGAGGAGGACCAGGGCAAGAGAUUGCACGAUUCAAGGAAAAGCACCCCGAGCUACCAGGGCGAUUCAUCUUACAAGAUCUCCCGUUGACCCUGGAACGGAUUGAAAGAUUGCCCGAUGGAGUCGAGGUGAUGGAGUAUGAUUUCUUCACACCUCAGCCGAUCAAAGGAUCCCGCAUUUACUUUCUUCGCGACGUCCUACAUAAUUGGUCCGAUGCUAAGAGCGCUCAAAUCUUGUCUCGAAUUGUCGAGGCAAUGGACCCCCAGUACUCGAUCUUGCUGAUUGACGAUUAUGUCCUCCCAGACACCGGCUCUGAGCUUCGGGCUGCGGAAAUGGAUAUCCUUAUGUGGCUUCAUACCGCAGGCCUGGAACGAACCGUAUCACAAUGGCAGAGUCUAUUCGAUCAAGUGGGGCUCGAGCUAGUCAAGAUCUGGAGCUCUCCUAAGGGUAACGAAUCGGUUUUGGAAGCGAGGAUACGCGGUUGAGGAGAGGGGCUUGCCAGUAGAUAUCAUCAGGAAAACCUGGAAGCCAAGUUUAUCAUGACCAAUCUGCGUUCAAUCGUGAUCUAUGUAAAGUAUGAAGAGGGCCAGCCAUCACGACUAUCUCGCAAAGGCUCUUGUAUUUCUUGUAUUAGGGAAUCAGGG